AUGAGUCGAAAAUUGACAUUCAGCAGCAAUGAAACAAUUGACUGCUUCUCCGACAUGGUCGAAAUCAACUUGAAUGGAAGCUGUGGGUUGACGACGAACCCGCAACCGUCGGUCCCUAUUAUGGAUGGUCUGCUAAAGCCUCCACCAGCGUUGCAUCGUGGCUAUCCAUAUGGCUAUAGCGACGUUGAGGAUGCCACACAGACCAAUUCAGAUUUAUACUUUUGCAAGAAAUCGAAUUCCACCGGCCAACUGGCUGAGAAGGUGGCCGGCAAGCAAUCCCAGCCUGCCACAAACAUCAGCUGCCUUCGUCAAAUGUACUGUCCCGAGUGCCACGAACGGCUUCACGAGCAGGGCGUUCGACUGGAACGCCUGCUGGCGCUUUGCUGCUUCUCCCUACUGCCCAUUUACCCUUGCUGCGUGAAGCGCAACAGCGACGACUGCAAAGUAAUUUGCGGCAAGUGCGGCUACUUGCUGGGUGCCUGGAAACGGCAAUGAACUUAUUUUGUUUGGUUUAUUUUAUAAUUUGUUUAUGUUAUUGGCUUAGUUUUAAGCAUCGUUAACCUUGAACAUGUUGAAGACGAUCGUUUAUUUUUAUGGAAGAUCAAUGGCAUACAGAAUAGUCGAAAUAGUCGAAAUAGUCAAAGAGAGACACAUUAGACUUUCUCUUUAAACACCUAUGGGUGUGCUCUUAAUCCAAACUCG